AUGGGAAAGCCUUACUUCUGUAAGGUGUUCUCAUGUUUAGGAAAGUAUACAGAAAUCAAUGAGACAUUCCUAGACAAUCUAUCCACAUCACUGCAAUUAUCGCCAUAUGAGAAAUUUCAGUUUACCGUUGCGUUAGCAAACGCUGAAGAUGAUAAUCUCAGUAGGGCCGGAGGGAAGUACUGCGAGGAGCAAUUCAAAGAGCUGUGUGAGCUGUCUGAGAGAGGCCAUAUACCUUCUGUUCGAUCAUUGCUCGAGGAACGAGUUAGAUCCUUAAUGGAGGGAGAAUGUAGCAUUCAGGAACCUUCUGACAGGGCACAUAAGUCUGGAACUCAGGAUCUUAUUCAGGAGGCAGCUCCUACUUCUCCAAAGGUCCUUCAAGAAGAUACUGCCUUGCUCUCUUCUAGUCAACUUUCGAAGGAAAUGGAAAGUUUGUGCAUAACGUCUACAGACGAUUGUCCAAUGAUAGGGAACAUUAGUGAUGAUCCUGAUUCUUCAACAGUUGAAGUUGAUGCAGAUCAUAUAAACACAGAGGCCAAUGCUUAUUUCCAACAGAUGUUCUCUGGUCAAUUGACAGUUGACGCAAUGGUUCAAAUGCUUAUGCAGUUCAAGGAAUCUUCUGAAAAAAGGGAGCAAUUGGUAUUUGAGUAUAUGAUCAGCAACCUGCUUCAAGUGAAAAAGUUUUUCAACACAUAUUCCGAUGAACAUUUUAACCUUUCUGCUAUUCUAUUUGGAUUACUUAUCAAGCAUCAAGUUGUGAGCGAUUCUACACUGAGCAUUGCCUUACAAUCCGUUUUGGAUGCAUUACAUGAACCUGCAGAUUCCAAAAUAUUUAUUUUUGGGACAAAGGCAUUGGAAACUUUUGUGGAUCGCUUGAUUGAGUUUCCAGAAUUCUGCCAACAAGUCUUACAGAUCUCUCAUCUACAGGGUACUCAUUCUGAGCUUGUUUCCAUUAUUGAACAGACACUUGGCAGAACUUCAUCAAGCCAUUCAGAAUCAGAUGAAACCCACAAUCAAUGUAGUUCUACCCCACCACCAGAAAAUGUUGUGGAACGAGUUAGAUCCCUAAAGGAGGGCGAACAUGGCAUUCAGGAACCUUCUGACAGGGCACAUAAGUCUGGAACUCAGGAUCUUAUUCAGGAGGCAGCUCCUACUUCUCCAAAGGUCCUUCAAGAAGAUACUGCCUUGCUCUCUUCUAAUCAACUUUCCAAGGAAAUGGAAAGUUUGUGCAUAACGUCUACAGUCGAUUGUCCAAUGAUAGAGAACAUUAGUGAUGAUCCUGAUUCUUCAACAGUUGAAGUUGAUGCAGAUCAUAUAAACACAGAGGCCAAUGCUUAUUUCCAACAGAUGUUCUCUGGUCAAUUGACAGUUGACGCAAUGGUUCAAAUGCUUACACAGUUCAAGGGAUCUUCUGAAAAAAGGGAGCAAUUGAUAUUCGAGUAUAUGAUCAGCAACCUGCUUCAAGUGAAAACGUUUUCCAACACAUGCUCCGAUGAACAAUUUAACCUUUCUGCUGUUCUAUUUGGAUUACUUAUCAAGAAUCAAGUUGUGAGCGAUUCUACACUGAGCAUUGCCUUACAAUUCGUUUUGGAUACAUUACAAGAACCUGCGGAUUCCAAAAUAUUUAUUUUUGGGACAAAGGCAUUGGAAACUUUUGUGGAUCGCUUGAUUGAGUUUCCAGAAUUCUGCCAACAAGUCUUACAGAUCUCUCAUCUACAGGGUACUCAUUCUGAGCUUGUUUCCAUUAUUGAACAGACACUUGGCAGAACUUCAUCAAGCCAUUCAGAAUCAGAUGAAGCCCAAAAUCAAUGUAGUUCUAUCCCACCACAAGAAAAUGCUGUGAUGCCGGAUUCAUCUUCCCCUUUGACUGGAUCUGAGGGUGAACAUCUUGGUUCUCAAGUAUCUUCUCCACCAAAUCUUCAACAGAGAAAUGAGAUUCAAUCAGAUGAAAUACAAAAACCAUCUUUGACUGAAUCCAAUCACACGAAUCAAAACUUAACUACUUCAGUUGCCACCUCAAGUGGUUCAGCAAGUAUUCAGAAGGCAAGUAACAUGCUGUCACUUUAG